GAAACAACUAUGGCGGACGACUCAUCGAAACUCAAAGAACAAAUCGCGUAUCUCACGAAUCUUAUUAAAUCUCAUAAAAAGAUACCUUCCCAAAGAAGUGUCUUUGGAGUUCAGCCUUGUACAGUCCAGGACAACAGCAGAUCAUUUUCUUGGCAAAGACCAACACAGAAAGGAAAAACAACCAAGCAGCAGACUUUACAGCCAUCAUUGAACCAUGUGAGAGGGCAAUCAGGAAGAGUUAACUCUUCAUAUAGUCUGGAUCGCAGGAAAUUGAACAGUCAAAGUUCAGGUCAUGAUUCUGAAAAGACAAAGAUAAAUGCUCCAGUCACUUCAGGGUCAUCUGGAUGUUCACAUACUAUGAACAACAAUAAAUCAAUUCCUGAAAGUAAAACAGUCCUAAAACAAAAUAACAGAAGAACAGAAUUACCAACUCCAACGAUGGAACAGGCACAAAAAUCUCGCAUGUUAUCUUUACAACCAAAUCAUACUUUGACAGCAAAGAAUCCUUAUGUUUUGAAUAAAAAAGAGAUCCCUCCUUUGUCUAGUGUUAAAACUGUUGCACAGAAAUCAGCCUUGAAAUGGGAAAAACCCAGUGCUGCAAGUGCUUCAGGUUUGUCAUCCGAUGAAAGUAAAAGCCAUAUUGACUCAGAACUUUACAGGAAGAAAUCACAAUUACUGCAGGCAGGAACGUCAUUGGGGAAGCCUUCCACUAAAGUGAAAUCAUCAACGAUGGUUCCUCUUGAAGCACCAUCCACAUAUGGAGCUCAUGGAUCAUUCAAAUGGUCAAAAUCAAAACCAUCUGCAUCUAGUAAUAAAGAGAAAAAAGGGAAAAAAUCAAAGCCUUCAAGAUCCAAGCUUAAAUGGACAAAACUAGGAGCUCAAGUUGAGGCCAAAAAAGUACUGAAUCCCUAUGUACUCAAAAAAGAGAGUCCAGGAGGUGGAAAUGCUUGUCAGAGGCACAAAUUGACAUCAAACAAAGCUAAAAAACUGGAAAAGCAACCACAUUGUUCUUCAAAAUAUCAGACAGAUUCUGUUGUAAGUAAAAAGGUUUUGUCACAAAGAUCUUCUGCUGGGUUCAUUGACAGAAGGCAAAGAACCAUUCAGGGAGAGAGUCCUGUGGUUACAAGAUACAGAGUUGUGAGGUCAAAGAGGAAAGAAGCUCCAAUUAAAGCCCAGAAAUUGAAUAAAGUGGUAGUAAUUGGAGGCGUUCCCUAUAAGACUUCAUCCAAUAAACUGACCAAAGCCAAGUCAUCUUCAGCUGAGAAGGGAAUUAGUAAAGGCAGCAAGGGAGUCGGGAAGUUAACGAAAACGAUCAUAAUUCAAGGUGAGAAGUUUGUUUCGGACUCAAAAGGCAAGACUCUUCAGAGAAUCAGUAAAGUUCCCAGACGAGCUUCUUUGAGGGAUUCAGGUUCCUCUAAACUACGUCAGAAACCCAUGAGUAGAAGGCGGACAAGUAACGGCCACAUGAUUAUAUUGCGAACGCCAACCACACUAAUCAGAAGUAAACUGAACAACACACCAAGCAAGGCUCUUGCCAGUCGCGUAUUACGGCGAAGUAUUCACAAUGCCAGGGUGUAUAACAAGAACAGGAGUAAACCCGUGUCGGAGCAGUACUGCAUGUUCUACAACAGAUUCGGAAAAUGCCAUAAGAGGGACACUUGCCCAUAUAUUCACGACCCAUCUAAAGUUGCGGUUUGCACAAAGUUUCUUCGUGGUCGAUGUAAAAACUUGGAUGGAUCUUGUCCGUUCUCUCAUAAGAUUGACCCAGAUAAGAUGCCAGUAUGUCAAUUUUUUCUCCGCGGAAAAUGUUCAAACGACAAUUGCCCAUAUUCCCACGUUAACGUAAGCAAGAAGGCAAAAGUAUGCGAAGAUUUUCUCAAGGGAUUCUGUGCUCGAGGACAACAAUGUAACAAAAAGCACAUCUUAGAAUGUGAAGAAUUCUCAAGGACAGGCAAGUGCUCCAAAGGCUCACAAUGCAAGCUUAUGCACAAGGCUAGAAAACCUGCAGCAUCCCGGAAACGAAAGUCCUCCUCUAACGAGGAACAUGGCUCCUCAAAACUCCCUAAGAGAGAUUUAACUGGUGACGAAGGAUUCCUUCCUCUCAUAGCUGGCGCCUCAGAUUUAGAGCAAAUUCCUGCACAGGAUUCAUUGGGGAAUUCUCAAGAAGAGACUAAAGAAAUGACGGCUGUACCAGUGGUAAUUCGUCCAAGGUUCCUAAAGCCCAUAGAAGCAGAAAAAGUCCGGACACCAGAACAUACUUCUUCAGAAUAGGUAGGCUUGGUUACAAGAGGUUCUUGUUUGAUCCUCCUUGUCUCUGGGCCACUGAAUUGUGGGGUUUAUUGAUAGAUCGAGAGGUCGCUUUUUUCUUCCUCUUUUUUUUCUUCGGACUGAGUGAGUGAGUUCAAUAUAUUUUUUGUGUGUUCUGCCUGUGAUUGAGUAUGUGAUGUGUUUGCCUAACUCACGUCAUAGUUAUUUAAGGGGACUAGAUAAAAAAAGGUGGCUAAAUUUAACCCCCUCCCCACCCCGCCCUUCCUCAAAAAAGAUUUUGCCGAAUUGAAAGUAAUUUUUAUUUUUUACGAUUUAUAUUGUUUUGUUCAAUGUAAAGAUUUUUUAUGGGAUGGUCCCCCUUUGAAGCCAUUUUUGGCAUGACGGUCGGGUCUCAUACUUCUGAAUCAUAUGAUAGAAAAUCUCUCUCCUGUUGGGGGAACUCGUAGAGGGAAUGUCGAGACUGCAUUCUUUCCGCAAAUUUACGUGCUUAUGAGUUCAGCAUACUAUUGUUAAGUAGAAAAGUUUGUAUACAGAAUAGAUCAAGUUUAUGACAGUUGGACUGUAAAGAAAAUAUGUAAAAUUUGAUGAAGUCAUUUGCAAAGAGAUCAGAUGGAAACCAUCGUAAUAAAAGAAAACGAAUAUGUUCAA